CGCAGGCGCUGUAUAGCUUCGAGAGUCCACAGCAGCUUGUUUUGGUUGUGUUUGAGUGAAGGGCUGAAAAAAAUAAAUAACAAAAAACAAAACACGGUUGUUAAAAACAACAAUAAUCCUGGAGCUUUAACCCGGGCCAGGAAAGAAACACGCUUCGAACGCUCAACCAAAAAGAGAUGGGUGCUGUUUGGAGCAGCACGGAAGAAGAAAGGGAACCGCUUUUGUCCACAACACUGCAGUCUGAUUCCAGUUUUGUUCAGCCAGUCAGUCGGGUGUACAACAGAAGAUGGCUGGUUCUGGGCCUGUUUUCCCUGCUGGGAUUCAUGCAGGGAAUGGUGUGGAACACUUGGGGUCCGAUCCAGAACUCUGCCAAGCUAGCCUACGGCUUCACCAGCAUAGACAUUGCCAUGCUGGUGCUGUGCGGUCCGGUUGGGUUCAUUCCUUGGUUCCUGUUCAUGUGGCUGAUGGAUAAAAAGGGUCUCCGUGUUACAAUGAUGCUGUCUGCGUUCCUGAUGGUGGUUGGGACUGGGUUGCGGAGCAUCCCCCUUACGGAUCUGUCAAUAAAGAAAUGGUUGAUCCAUGGGGGACAGCUACUGAAUGGUUUGGCCGGCCCAACUUUUAUGAGUGCUCCCCCUUUGCUCUCCACAACAUGGUUCGCUCCUGAUCAAAGGGCCACGGCCACUGCUGUUGCAGCUCUGCUCAGCUACCUGGGAGCUGCAUGCUCGUUUCUGAUUGGUCCCCUGGUGGUGCCGGCGCCCAAUCAGACAGCACUGCUGCUUAGUUCGGCAGACAAGAGCAGUGCACAUAUAAGAGAUCGUGUUCAAAUAGUACUGUAUGCAGAGUUUGGCAUGGUCAUCCUGCUGUUUGCCUCAGUGGUGGCGUAUUUCCCGUCUCGGCCCCCUCUCCCCCCGAGUGUGGCUGCAGCCAGCCAGAGACUGAGCUACCGAAGCAGCUUCUACCGACUCCUCAGUAAUUUCCGCUUUCUGAUGAUCGCGCUGGCGUAUUCCGUGCCGCUUGGUAUAUUAGCCGGAUGGUCAGGAGUUCUGGACAUGAUUUUGACACCUGCCAAAGUCAGCCAGGUGGAUGCUGGUUGGAUAGGGUUCUGGUCUACAGUAGGAGGCUGUGUUGUUGGUAUUGGAGUGGCCAGGUUUGCAGACUCUAUGAGGGGCAUGCUGAAGCUCAUCUUGCUGCUGAUGUUCUCCGGAGCCACUCUGUCGUCUACCUGGCUCACCCUCACCUGCCUCCCCGACAGAAGCUCCCACCUGCCUUUAACCGCAGCUACUCUGUACACCUCGUGUAUCCUAGUGGGAAUAUUCAUUAUCAGCAGCGUGCCCAUGUUCUUCGAGCUCUUCAUUGAAACGGUCUAUCCAGUGCCAGAGGGCAUCACAUGUGGGGUGGUCACCUUCCUAAGCAACCUCUUCACGGGAGCCUUGUUAUUUUUCUUAACAUUUUAUCACACAGAUUUGUCCUGGCUGAACUGGUGUCUCACAGGAUCCUGUCUCUUCAGCCUUCUCCUUAUCCUCCUCUUCAGGGAAUCAUAUGAUAGGCUCUAUCUCGAUGUCUUCGUGUCUGUUUAAUGGAAGAAAGAAUACUUUUUUUUUUUUUUAAACAUGAAAAGACUGGACAUUUUUAAUUAGGACACUUUGCUCUGAAUUGCACAAUGAACAGAGGGGAGGAGGUAACUAGAAGUUUGUUAUUUUCUGUUGCUGAAGUUGAAUAUUUCCUCAUUUUGUUGCACUGUUGUUUUUUAGUUUUUUAAAUUCAGAAACCUUUCUGUACAUUCAAAAAGUGAAGCUAAGCUUUUGUUACAUGGAAGUUCCCCAUUGCUUACUGCAUUUACUUUACCUGUAAUCUACUGAUAUUGUCCAGAGGAAAUGAAAGUAUAGAUAAUUCACCAUAAUAAUAAUAAUAUGCCAUUACUGUACAUACAGCUGCAGGGUUUUACAGCAGCCACGUACUGUUUGGACUGUGAACACAUCAAGGAUUUUCAGGUACUGGAAACAGGGUGGACUCCCAGUGGGACCUCACUUCCUUUAUGUUCCACAUGAUUAGAAAGCACAGUGUUGUGUAAGACUUGGCUCCAUGGAGGGAGGCUCAGGCUCUGUGUGAACAAGGCGCAGUACAUGGCUUUUCAGCCCGCUAAGCUGCUGGCUAUCAGUGCACGCGGUAGAGAAGGGGUGUGGAUAUGGACAGCAGUAACCCAGGAGUGCGUUACUGAUGAUGUGAAACCGUGCAAAGGAAGUUGCUAUAGAAUCCCAUUCCCCCAUGGCUCUGCUUGAUCACAGUGAAAUCCCCUCGCCAUCAAUCUCUGUGGUUACUGCUCUUGAUAGUUGCAAGCCAUGUGCUUCAAGCCCAGGACUGGUCCAGAUAAAAUCGUUCUGUACUGUGUUCCCUUGAUGUAUGUUUUACAAUUGAUUGAGUGGAACAAAGAGGACCAGCUCUGUAGAAACAAUAAUUGCAUUCUUCAGAGUACUGGAAUCUUCAGCACAGUCUUCUGUUUGAAAUGAUUGGCUGCGCAAUCUUCUGUUUGAAAUGAUUGGCUGUGCAGUAUUCUGUU